CAAUAUCAAGCCAUUGUUCUCAGAGCUGUGACAUACGAACAGAUUGCCACCAGGCAAGAAAGAAACAGUUCCUCCAUCAAACACCAUGGCCUUAGCCUCCUCUCAGCUCAGCUUUCUCACUGGAAGGCCACUCCCCCCUGUCCCCAAGCACAACAAGAAGCCACACCUGAUCCCACUGAAGCCAUGCAGGUCCUCCAUGGACAAGGGCUCAUCAAGUGAGAGAAGUGAGAUGAAGUUGGCCCAACUGGCGAUGGUCGCAGUAGCAGCGGGGGUGCUGACGCUUGGAUCUGUCGAACCGGCGGUGGCCGCGAAGUCCGGUGGCAGAAUUGGUGGUCAGGCCUUCCGGUCAGCAGCUCCCAGGGUCUCCGGCCCCCGGAUUAACAACUCAAGGACAAACAUCUACAUUAAUCCCCUGGUAGCUCCACCUCUUGUUGGCGGAUAUGGAUAUGGUGUGCCAUUCUAUGGUGGAUGGGGCUGGUCACCUUUCACAUUCUUCGCCCCAGGGCCAAGCGUUGCAGUAGGCAUUGGUGGUGGUUUCGACGUCUUCAUUACAUUUCUAGUGCUUGGUGCUGUUGCAGCGGUAAUCAGAAGACUUUUCGGGCGGAGAGAUGUUGACGAAGAUGAUUACUGAUGAUUCUCUCAAGUUGUACAACUGAAGUAUUUGCUGCGAGCCCAAAAAAAAAAAACCUUCUUUCUGAACUCAUGAUCAUAACUUUUUGAAUAUAUUGUAUUAUAGGAGACUUGAAUAGUGAUCCUAUCAUUUUUAUCUUCAUGUAAAGAUAAUAUGUUUCUGCAUUACUAAUAUCUGUAUCUAAGCAAGAUGUAAAGACUUGAGGUUAACUACUCCUUACAUUGGAACA